UGAGGAUCUGGAGAUGAGAAAGCCAAAGUCCUCCCCCUCCCUGACACCCCCAUCACUACUGCAGCUGGAGGAGCUUUUCCCAGUCUCUGUUCCCCUGGGGCGAGAGAGGUCAAGCAUGUAGUUUGGGUGGGAAAAGAGAACUGGAGGAAGUUGACAGAGAUGGGCGGGGCCCGUGGGGGUGCUGACCAGGAACCCAGCUUCCUGCUCAGUACCCAGACAUCCAGCCCCCGGCUCACCCCCACCCCUUUCAGCCCCUACUCCCCUCAGGAACUCAGGGUUCCGGCCCUCCUCCCAAAUCAGAGCUACUCCUCCCCCACCAGUUUCUCCCCUCUAGGGGAUGGAGGCUGAGAGACCCCAGGAAGAAGAGGAUGAUGAGCAGCAUCAGGGCCCCCCUCAGGAUGAGCGUGGCUGGCCCCCUGUGAACACCGGUACUCGGCCUUGGCGAUCUGCUCCUCCGUCCCCUCCUCCUCCAGGGGCCCGCCACACAGCCCUGGGGCCCCGCUCGGCCUCCCUGCUCUCCCUGCAGACUGAGCUGCUUCUGGACUUGGUGGCUGAGGCCCAGUCCCGCCGCCUAGAGGAGCAGCGGGCCACCUUCCAUGUGCCUCAAAACCCCCCAAACUUAGGCCGAGCCCCACCCCGGCCUCUUGAGGACAGAGAACAGCUCUACAGCACCAUCCUCAGUCACCAGUGCCAGCGGAUGGAAGCCCAGCGGUCAGAGCCCCCCCUACCCCCAGGAGGACAGGAGCUCCUGGAGUUGCUGCUGAGAGUUCAGGGUGGGGGUCGAAUGGAGGAGCAAAGGUCCCAGCCCCCCACACACACCUGCUGAGACUUGAGCCCCCACCAGCCCCUCUGUACUGCUGUGGCUCAAAGCUGGGCAGCCCACUGCAUGCCCUCAACCCUGCCUGGCAGAGGCACCAGAGACUGGAAGACCCAGCAGAAAUCUCAGUAGUCAUCGCCCUCAUCCACCCUUCCUGGGAGCUGGAGGGUUGCAAGUCCUCAGACCCUGGGAAUAGUCAAGGUAGGAUGGACAUUUAACUCCCUCUGUGACCAAGUACAUGGGAGCUGAAGGCCUUGAGAGGAACCCAGCCACAGAGGGACAACUCACCCUUUCCUCUGGUCUCAGGGAGGAACUGGGAGUCUUGGUCUUGAGUUGUGGGGACACUCCCUAUACUCAAGACACCAGGCAGGAUCUGAGGGUUCAGGCCUCCACCUCCCAAGAAAAGGCAAAUCUCCCAAGGUUUGGACCUGAGAGACAGUUCCACCCUCCUUCUCAGUAAGAAGAAAGGAAGAGAGGGCACAGCAAAGACUUAUUGUCCCACCUCCAUCACCGGCACCCCACAGCCCCAGGACUGAGGGGCCUAUAGGCUGUGGAUGGACAUUUAGCCCUGCCCACCCUCCCUCCCCAUUGCUGUUCUGAGCUGUCUGAUGUUUGGUGACAUGAAUAAAUGUAAUUCCCCUCUGGA